UCGGCGAGUGAACGCGCGCACUGAGCGGAAAAAAAUGACGUAGCUAACAGAGUGUGCGCGCGACACAGGGGAGCUCCUGAGCUACGAAGUUUUUCGGAUAUGUACGCGAGGGCGUAUUCGUCGAUUUGCUGACUAUUACGGCAGCCAUAAAGCGUUUGUGUGGGUAAUUAGAAAGUUUAUUGUGCUACAUUUGCAAAUACAUGCUUUAAAAAAAAAAAAAAAAACCUCGAACGCAAAAAUAAUGAGCCUCCGUGAAUUCGUUCACAUGGAAGAAAAAAAAAUACAAAAACACCCGUUCGCUAGCAACCCGCUAGCUAGCUAAAGCAAUCUCAGGUACUGCUGAAAGAGUAGCUAGCUUAGCUAACCUAUCCGAUAGCUGUAGCCAGUUUGUCGAACACCGUUAAUACACCAUCAUUUAUUAUUGUUAUUAUUACCCGCUCGCUUCGUGUGUAGGACUGAAAUAUGAUCUAGAGUGAAUGUAGGGACGCCUGAGGACGAUGGCGUUUGUCUGGUUCUCAAUGUUUUUCUGCCGCAGCACCGCUUAGCUAACACACACACACUAUCACACAUUCACAACAAAGAAAUAGGAAGCACCGGGGAGGCGGUGUAUGUGUGUGAGAGAGUCUUGCUGAUUACUGGAGAAAUGCAGAUCAUUUAAAGCAAAACGAUCCCGUUAAAGUCUCAUCAUAUCGGAUCCUUCCUGUCGUCCUGAAGACUGGGCUCUACUCUCAUAAACAAACACCUUUCCUAAAUGGCAGUCAAGAACCGUUUAUUCAUUCAUUUUCUUUUCUUUCUAUUUUCUUUUAUUUCUUUUAUUUUUGCUGAAAGUGCAUUAAAAGUCGUCUUGAUCCAGUUUCCAUCACAUCUAUGAGUCCAGAUUACUGUCAGGUUUUAGAUGCAGCCCUCACGUUAUCUCCGUGCCUGGCUGUUUGGUGAAUAAGAGACUUGAUGUCCAGAGGCUGAGAGGAGACAACAAGGAUGUCUGAAGAUCCCUUUUCAUCUCCUGGAUCAGAAGUUCUAUCAGCAAACUUCAAGAAAAGGAAGUCGCGCUUCACGUUUUCUGAGGUUCAGCUUCUGCUGACUGAGGUGAAGAGAAAUCGCCACAUACUGGUUGGUAAAUUCAACCAGGGUGUCUCAAGUGAUGUUAAGAAGCGAACAUGGGCUGCUCUUGCAGCUAGCAUCAACGAGAUCAGUGAGUGUCACAGAGAGGUCAUCGAGAUUGUGAAGAAGUGGUCUGAUCUCAAGUGCGACACCAAGCGCAAGGUGGCAGCCAUGAGAGCUUCCGGCUUCUCUGCUGCCCGCAUAACUGACGAUCUUUCUCCUAUCGAGAAAAUGGUGCACCACAUCCUCCAGCCUGGACCUGGGGAGAAGUUCCCACCGUCAGACAGCAUUGCAGAUGAGGACGAGGACAGUCAAGGUGCCUCUUGGAUGCCACUGCACAUCCCUGGUACGGCAAAUGGCAGGCUGUCUAUCAAGGCACAGGGCAUGCCACAUCACUCUGGGAUGAGCAGCAAAGGAGACGCAGAUCUGCCACUGGAUAUGCCAUACAACUAUUAUUCUGCAGUGCCUCUUACUGACCUUGAGUAUGAACCGUCAGGAACAGAAGACCAGGGCCUACGAGUCACUGAAGCAGAAUAUCAGAGUGAGCGAAACAAAAUUUUCACUGACCCAGAUACUGCUGACAAAGACAAGAUUAAAAAACAAGAAACCCAGCCUAGAGCAUCAAGCAAUAGUACAGCUCAUGCAGGAAGGUCUUCCCGUGUUGCUGUUUGUCAUCUAGCAUCACAAGGCGCAGGCAGUCUGCAGGAGCACCUUGCCAAGAGCGCUUCCCUCAGCCUGCAGGAGCAACAGGCCGCCACCGUGCUGAUCGGGGCGCUGUCACGUUCACUGGAGUCGGUGGCCGAGUCGGUGCAGCAGCUGGUGCAGACGCAGCAGGAGUUUGCACAGGACACACUGCGUCUGCAGAGAGAUACACUGCAUGUGCUGCGUGACUUUUCCUCCACUGCACUGGCACUGAUGCAGGACAAAUCCAACGGCCACCCAUAGCACCUGCAUCUCACCUAAAUGUAGUCUACACUAGUGAUGGGCAUUUCGAGCAAAUUUGCUGUUGAGUACUUAAACCUAUGAAAGGUUUAAUCAGUUAACUGUUCUUUAACAUAAAGUGGGUCAUUUUGCAUGAAGGUAUUUUGCUUGACUUAAUAGCACACAUUUUUUAACAAACAUUUUUUAGGCUCUGGGACAAAAACAACAGCCUGCUGACUAAAUUUAAACGCACUCAGACAUUAAUUAGGUUAUAAUUUUAUACUAUAUUUUAAAAAGUCCUUUGUAACGGCGUAUUUUUCUUAUUUCAUUUUCCAGAGACACUUAACACGACAUAAAUGUGGCAGAUAUGGCUGGGAUGCUGAAGGGGAAAAAACGCUAAAUCUAUUUUAACUGAAGCAAACUUGACACACUUAAUAAUCAAAAAAGCUUUAUUAAAUAGUUAACAAAUAUCCUAAAAAGAGAGAAUAAUUUAAAAAUACAAUGUCUAUUUAUGUAAAGUGCUUAGUUUGUGGUCACCAUAUAAAUCAUGGCAUCUAAAUUUGAUUGUUUUUCCAAUCUCUGUCUUUUAGUGGUGGAGAAAACACUCUGUUGGUACUGAUGUGGUAGUCAUGUAUGAAUAUUGACUUGCUAAGUGAUAGGUUCUUGUAGUUUUGCUGACCGACAAAGUUUGGAUUUUACAUUGCCUAUUUUCAGAAAGAUUAAAACAUUGCCGUGCUUGGCUUUAUCACCAGUGUACUGGCCGACAAGCACACUGUCACUCGUAUGCUUCGUGGAGCUCCUGAUGAAAAUGACGGCGCAUUUGUUGACCUGCUGCGCUGGUGACAAUGCCAAGCACGGCAAUGUUUAAUCAUUCAUUUUUACAAAAUGAGUGUACGUUUGGUUGUUACACGAGUACUCGAUUAGUGCCCAUCACUAGUCUACACACCUCAGCUUUAAGUUAUAGGAUGUUUUCUGGAGAACAGGGAGGGACUGUUGAACUAAUGAACAGUAUAGUUAUAUGCCUCAGGAGUAUAUAAUAAUAGUCCACUACAGCGUUCAGCUACCUCCCUCCCAGUGUUCAUAGCGAUCACAGGAAUCAUACAUGCACUAAUACUGCUUACUGUGUGCAGGAGACUUUUUAAAUAAGCUCUCCCACAUCUCCAGAAAGUAGUGAUGCUGUUAUGUUACAACUGGAAAGUAGCAUUAGCACAGCAGACUGUUUCUCAGAUCAGAGUUAUCUCUUUGUUUAAAAUCAAUGACUGUUUGGACCAGCGAUUAGACAUGCCUACUUUAAAUUGACAAAGCUUUAUUUAAUGAUGCAAUGUAAGUAAACUAACUUAAAGAUCUGUAAUAGUUUUAAAUUAUGAGUGAAUUAUGAGUCUAUUUAUCUGAAAUGCCCAAUUUAUGGUAUUGUAGAUGCCAUAUGGAUGUCUUAAUUUGAUGUUUCCCCUUUGUGACUGAUGUGAAUGAUCAGCUUUUCAGUGUUUCAUUUCUCACCAAAAUGUUACAAUUCAGAUGUGAACAGAAAUAUUGAACAUUGUGUGGAGCACAUUUUUAGUAAAUUUGCAGGUUUUCCAACCAUUACCUUUGACCUUUAACUACCUUGAAUUAUUAAGCAGUUCCUUUUUUUUCUUUUUUUUUUUUCUUCUUUCUCUCUUUGUAGUUACAGGUGCCAUGAUAUUUAAUUCUGAAAGUUCUCAAUAAGGAUACCUUUGAUACAGCUGCCACUGAUUCCUUGUUGGUUGCUCUUCCAAUAGUAUAAACACUGUUAAAUGUUGUCUGUAAAAACUACUGUAAAGAUUGGAUUAAAGCAGAAUAAUCAUUUUG